AGCAAUUGCUUUUCAUUUACAUUCAGAUACAAACAUUUCGUUUGGUGCGUUUCACAAUUUCACACUUAAAUUUGUAGCUAUUUUAUUUCUGAUUAUCACAUUAAGAAAAUUAAGAUUUUAUCUUAAAAAUGUUGAUCAAAGUGAAGACAUUGACCGGCAAGGAAAUCGAAAUCGAUAUUGAGCCCACAGAUAAAGUUGACCGCAUCAAGGAGCGAGUGGAAGAAAAAGAAGGCAUACCACCGCAACAACAACGUUUGAUCUUUUCAGGAAAGCAAAUGAACGACGACAAAACUGCAUCCGAUUACAAGGUCCAAGGUGGUUCGGUUCUUCAUUUAGUUCUGGCACUUCGUGGUGGAUUGAUCGAUUGAAAAAUUUAUGAUAAUUCAAACAAUAUUCUUAACAUAACCAAAAUUUGUUGCGAUAUUUUUUGUUCGUAAUCUAAGAGAUAUCGAGAGAGUACUGCGAAAAUGUCAACAUAAAGAAAUCGUCAAUAAACCAUAAAAAUUUAUACGAAAUACA